AUUCAUUCAUUUGUUUACUCUCAUCCCCACUCUUUACACUCUCUAAACUCAUCUUCAACUACAUAUAAAUACUAAGAUCAACCAAACCCCUUUUUUUUCAUUUCAUUUGAUAUAUAGUUCCAUUGAAGCCACAGCUAGUUGACAUGGCUGAUAAUUGGUGGGUUUCAUCCUCAAGAACAAGACCUUGUUUGGAUUCAGUUUCAGUAAGCAACUCCAAUAAUAUUAAUCUCUUCCAAGAUUCCGACACCGCAACCUCAACCACCGGGGCUGCUGCAGCCGCUGUCGACACCGUGGUUGGCAGCAGUAGUGUUGCCACCACUAGCUUACACAUGAUGGGGUUGGGACUUUCAUCACAACCACUUCCGCAAUCGUUGGAUUGGAAUCAAGCUUUAUUGGGAGAUCAAAAAGGUGAUAGUGGUUUUCGGAAUUUACUUCAAGAUCAAGAUCAUAGUUUGAGCUCGAACACAAGCAAUUUUCAGGUUGGAAAUAACCAAUGGAAGGCACAAAAGAUGUAUUCAACUAGUUCACAAGAUUCGUCAUCGGAAUUUAAGCAAAUCAAUGUUAGGGGCUUUCAGUUGGAUCAACCGAUGCAGGAUAGUGAUAAUGAAAGCAUAACCACAUGCCAAGGAUUGAAUUCAAGCUUUCAAAAUAUGGAAUUAUAUGGAAGUCCUUCUUCUAUUAUGCAAAGUUUAUUCGGUUCAGAUAACAAUCAACAACCACAACAACAAGAUUCCGGCUUUGAUCAAAACCAAGGAUUAGGUUAUUCGUUGUAUCAAUCAAACUAUGAUGGCAUGAGUGUGCCAAUUAGUGGUGGUGGUGGCGGUGUCAGUGUCAGUGGUGGUGAGUUGUCAACGUCUAGUUGGCCAAAGUUUUCUCCUCAGUCUCAAGAGUUUAGGAUGAACUCUCCUUCAAAAGUGCAAUUGGCUGACAUGGGGAGCAACCAAUUGCACUUUACUAAUAACGCACGCUUUUGGAAUGCAUCCCCAAACAGUGUAACCGAUAUCCAAUCUGGGUUUAUUCCAUCUUUACAAAUGCAAUUGCCUUCAUCAAGUUUUGAAGAUAAACCAAAGAUUACAUCCAAAAUACCAAAAGAAAGCACUAUCGAAUCAUCAUCAUCUUCAUCAUCAACCAAAAGACCUCGAACCGAAAACCAAUCACCUUUACCAGCUUUUAAGGUGAAAAAGGAGAAGAUGGGGGACAGAAUCACUGCACUCCAACAAUUAGUUUCACCUUUCGGGAAAACGGAUACCGCAUCUGUGUUGACUGAAGCUAUUUUAUACAUCAAAUUUUUGCAUGAACAAGUUAGUGUUCUAAGUACUCCAUAUAUGAAAAGUGGAGCUCAGAUGUUACAACAACAACAGACACCAGAUAAACCGCUAGAAGAACCUAGACAAGACCUAAGAAAUCGUGGGCUAUGUUUAGUGCCUGUUUCAAGCACGUUUCCAGUGACGCAUGAAACAACGGUUGAUUUUUGGACACCUACGUUUGGUGGAACGUUUCGAUAAGACUAAAUGGUAUUUUUACAAAGGAUUGAUUAAUUUGAAAAUGUGCAAAUAAUAUAUGAGAAACCAGAAGGUCGAGCAAGUGGGAGAUGAUAAAGAUAGAAAGGUAAAAAAGAGAAAGAAAACAAACGGUGAUAGAGAAAGAAAAGAAAAGAAAAAAAAAAGGAGGGAUGAUGAAUCUCUGAUGUUGGGGCAGCUACAGGCAAAAUGAUGCAACUUUGGCCAAUAUCUUUGUACAAGAAUAAGAGUCUUGUUGUAAUAAUUGUAGCCUUCUUAAUCAUUAAUUAAUUAACCAAUGUUUGGUAGGAAUAUCUUUGAUAUCAUAGUCCUAAUCGAACCCUAGCUAACAACCUACUUUAAACUCAAUUCAAAAAUAUUCAAUUUCGCCAAUUAUGUUUUAGAUUAGGCGUUGAUCAAUUAUAUAUGUGAUAUAUGUAACAAUUCAAAUUUUAAGAGAUAGUGUAAUUUGAGCAGCUUUUAAUGAUC